AUGCUUCUUCUUUCGGGUUUAUAUUUCUAUUUUCUCUUAUAUUGUCUUUCUUUGUCUCGAACCAUCAUCAGCUUUUCUUCUUUUUCUUCUUCGUCUCCUUUUUUCUUUCUUCUUUCUUUCUUCUUUCUUUCAUUGACAAUAUUUUUCUUACGUUUCCUUCCUUUUUUCUUUUUUUUUUUUCAUCAACAUUUUAAUUUCAACUAUUCUAUUAUUAUUUUUUUCUUUUUCUUUCGUUCGGUCUGUAUUUUUUUAUUUUCCCUUUCUUACUUUUUACUCGUUUAUAUUCCAUCUUUCGUCUUUUUUUUUUUUUCAAUGUAUAAAUUUCUGCGUUUUCAUGCUUUCUUUGAUUUUUUUUUUUUAAUUUUUUAUUCUCCAAUAUAUUUAUUUUGUAUUUUUUUCGUUCCUUCUUCUUUUACCUUUCUUCUUUUACAUUAUAAUAUGAAUUUCUUCUUCUUCUUCUUCUUCUUCUUCUUCUUCUUCUUCUUCUUCUUCUUCUUCUUCUUCUUCUUUUCUAUUUGUGUUGCUCCCCCCUCGAAUGAUAUUCUCUCUCUUUUCAUCAUAACUGUUUCUUUUUUUAUUAUCACAAUUUUGUGUUUUUUCUUUAUUUUUGUCCACUUUUUACUUCCCACGGUCCUUUUUCUUUUUCUUCAUUUUCUUCUUUUUUGA